ACGCUUCCAAGAAAAGACGGAACAAACUGUCAAAAUUCCCCGCUGGAGAACACGUCAUUUUGGAUUCUUGGAAAGACGUAAGCAAUUAACUAAACUUCGCUUUCGUUGUGACAAAACCCUUUGAUCGUCGCCUCGAGUGUAGCAGUGUUUCUGGGAAAAUAGUCAAGGUUUUCCAUCUGCUGGCGUUGUCUCAAAACGAAGUAUUGAGAGAAACAAGCGAAGAUGUUCCCUGCAACGAACAUGGCGUUCACUGCUUAUAUUUUCCAAGAGGACUAUGACCGACUUAUUACUCAGGAGUUAUCUCACGCAAGUCAGCAGCAGAGAGGUGGAAGUUUGUUCGGUCAGUGGACCAGCACUGGCAACCCAGUCAUCCACCGUGCAUUGUCUUUCAGUCAAAGUCAGGGUGAUCGUGAUGUAGUGGCUAAAAGCUUGUACGAAGGAUUCCGAGUGUGUCCCAUCGGCGAGUGGCGACCGGUUCAAGCUCAAACUCGUGACAUGCAAGCAAGAGAAGCAAGAGAAAGUCUAAUUAGGGGACGAGAACCUCCGACACGAUUUUUAGUUCUCGAUGUCAGCAGGACAGAAAUAGUUCCUUUCCUCUUAAAUCGCCAGACCGCCCAACAUGAAAGAGGACGGCUGGAAAAGCUUCCCGGCGAGAACCCGUUUAAUAAAAGUGCGUCGUUUGAGCAGCGAGUGCCAAGGAGGGACUUCGAUUAUCCGGUAGUACAAUAUCCGGCAGUACGAUAUCCGGCAGGGCAACCAAACUUACCUCAUCAAACUUCACGGGCAGCCCAGUUUCAAGAAGCGAUCACAGCAGACGUACAGUGGUACUCGGGCGAAGAAGGUAAUAAGAAACUCCAGAAAGUAGUCCAGGAUAUUAAAGAAAUUGCUCUGGGUAAUGUGGACAUGUCUCGCGACACAAAAACUCAGGAUAUCUCCUUGUCAUUCACGGCAAGCCGCAGAGCAAAGAAGUGGGAGAUCAGGUUUCCCUCAAAGUUUCCUGGUGUUGGAGCACUCCUGAUUGAAAACCCAGGAACUCGCCAAGAAAAAGAACAAAGGCAGGCCACCAGCGACACAGUGAGUAAGGCGGUGAAGAAUAUGAUUUCUCGCAUACAAAAGAGCAGCUUCAUAUAAAAGACCGAAAGCGAAUUUGUCUAAAUUAGUGGUUGCAUCCCAGCAGUGAACUCGACUUUGAAUAGCCAUAAUUUCCGACCUUCUUUUCCUCGUUGGAUGACAACUUCAACACUUAUACGUUAUUGCAGAAUAAUCAAAGGACUUAUAGCCAUUAAUGGAAAUCCAUUGUUUUCUGUUUUUCUCAGUUUCCGUACAGUGCUUCUAUUUCCUAAACGUUUUAGCCAAAGAUGGAAAUUUGUUAACAUUAAUGAUAAGAACUAGCUUAUACAUGAAGAAGUGCUGGAAUUAACGAUAUUAGUUAUGUAUCAUAGACAAGACUUUCUGAGGCAUUUCGAUCCGAGAAAUAAAGGUCAAUAACAACGAAAGAG